CCAUGAAUUGACGUACAAACUCCCGCUCUUCUUUCUUCAUCUGUCGCUCAUUAAUCGACCACAAUUUUGGUCCGAUUCAAGUUAAAGUUCAUCUAAUUCAAGUUAUAAAGUGAUAUUCUGCCUCAAUAGACUUCAUAUUAACGGUAAAUACUUGGAAGCUUCAAAGCCUAAUUUAUAUUGGACACCUUGUGCUGCACACUGUCUCGAUUUGAUGUUGGAGGACAUUGGGAAGAUUAAAAAGAUUAAAGAGAUGUUAAAAUCAGCAAUGUUCGUGAAUGCAUAUAUAUAUAACCACGUUGGUCUUGUGAACAUGAUGAGAAGGUUCACUAAUUCACAUAAUUUGCAUCGGCCCGCGGUUACUCGUUUUGCAACAUCAUUUAUCACUAUCUCCCAAAUGCACAAGCAAAAGCAUAAUUUGCAGAAGAUGAUUGUCUCUUCCGAGUUUCUUAAUAGCACAUGGGGAAAGGAAGUUGGUGGGAAAAGACUUUACUCUAUUCUUAUCAAAGAAAAGUUUUGGAGAAAUAUAGUGUACGCCAUGAAGUUGAUGGGACCUCUAGUUAAGGUCCUUAGACUUGUUGAUGGAGAUAAAAAGCCCGCCAUGGGAUACAUAUAUGCGGCAAUGAAAAGGGCUAAAGCUACCAUAAAGGCGAGUUUCAAACGCGAGAAGCAAUAUGCUAAAGCGAUAGAGAUCAUAGAAAGAAGGUGGCAAUGCCAACUUGGAAGACCUUUGCAUGCUACGGGCUACUUUUUGAAUCCUGAAUAUUACUACGCGAAUGCAGAUGAGGCAAAAAAAGGAGAGAUCAUGGGGGCCGUUGUGAAAUGCAUUGCAAGAUUAAAUCCCGAUGAAAGCAUUCAAGACAAAAUCAGUCUACAACUGGAUAAAUAUCAACAUGCCGAGGGUCUAUUUGGUGAUAGAAUGGCUAUAAGACAAAGGUCUAUAAGAUCACCAGCGGAUUGGUGGAACGCAUUUGGUGGUGAUACUCCGGAGUUACAAAAGUUUGCUAUCCGAGUACUUAGCUUGACGUGUAGCGCUACCGGUUGUGAGAGAAAUUGGAGUGUCUUUCAACAGCUUCAUACAAAGAGGAGGAACUGAUUGGCACAAAGCCGAUUAAAUGAUUUGGUGUAUGUUAAGUACAAUCGAACAUUGAAGCGUCGAUAUGAACGAAAGGACACCACGGAUCCCAUACUUUUAGAUGAGAUUGACGAAAGUAAUGAGUGGGUGAUGGGAUACAUGGAUGAUGAUGAAAAUCAAGCGAGAGAUGUUACUAAUUUGGUGCAUGAGGGUCAUGAUCUAACAUACGGUGAUGUUGAAAAGGCUAGUGGGGCAUCUGAGCCCUUAUAUUAUACUAGAUCGAAAGGAAAAGAUGUUGGUAGCUCCUCAACGGCCCCUACUCCUAGAUGUACUCGUGGAGUACAUCACUUGAUUGAUGAAGAUGCCGAAGAUAUUGAAGAAGAAGAUACCGGUGAGAGUGACAACGAUGUGGGAGAAGACGAGGUGCUUGGAAUCGAUGAUGAUGAUGAGGAUGAGGAUGAGGAUAGUGAAUGAAGCUACUAGUUCUAUUAGUUAUUAACCUUUAUAAUCACUUUUGUGUUCUUUUGAAAACUAACUUUUGAUAACUUCAUGUGUUUGUGACUUCGUUUUAUGCCACUCGCCGACUCAUGGUGCUUGAUGA